AGUUGGUUGGACUUGAUUUUUGUUUGUUACGUUUUCGUGGCACUAGACUGAAUUUCAGAUUGUCGGGAUUUAUUACACGCAGGCCUACUGUAUUCUGUGAGAUACAUGUUAUACCUAAAAUGGCAUAAUGAGUCUCCGCUAAAGGGGCAAGCAACAAUAGAACAGAACCAGACCAUCAACAGAGCAAUUGGAUACCAUAGAAAUCUUAGAAACAGUUCCGCACCAUAAGCAUUGAGACCAAAACAAAAUAUUACCGCAUCGCAGCGUCAUUAGCAAAGCCGGGUUGCAUUAGAAGUUCUUUGUUUAUAUGCUGCAGCAUGUUGCCUAAACGAGUUUGUGUUAUUGGUGCCGGUCCUGCAGGCUUAGCAGCUACAAAAUCUUGCCUUGAUAAUCAAUUGGUUCCAGUAUGUUACGAGCUGUGUUCAGGAUUGGGCGGUACUUGGAACAAUAAAGAAAGAAUUCGAAUGAAGUUGUCUCCCAAAGUGUACGAGUCGUUAAUCACUAAUUUAUCGAAAGAAGCAUCCGCGUUUUCGGACUUCCCGAUGCCGAAGGAAUGGCCGCCUUACCAAGAAUGGCGUCAAUAUUUGCGUUACUUCGAACUAUACGCUGAUAAGUUCGACCUGAAGCGAUACAUCGAGUUCGACGUGGCGGUUUUAGAGGUUCACAAGUCGCUCAGUUAUUCCCAAACAGGGUCCUGGAUAGUGCGAAGUAAAAGUUUGAUCAACGGCAAUGAAAAAGAAAUCGAGUUUGAUGCAGUUAUCGUCGCAUCCGGAGGAAAAACAAAGCAGAAAUGGCCAGAAUAUUCAGGAUUGAAGGACAGGUUUCGAGGAAAAGUUUUACACAGCGGUAACUACGAGUCGGCAGAAGAAUUUAAAGGUAAAGCGGUUUUGAUUUGUGGUGCCGGGAAUUCUGGAUGCGACAUUGCAGUAAAUUGCUCAAGCGUUGCCAGCAAUGUUCUGUUAAGCACUAGAAGUGGGUUUUGGGUGGUACCUCGCGUCUUUACGAACGGAAACCCUCUAUCUUUUGGGCUUGCUAGUCGUUUCUCAAUAUUAGUUCGAAGCUUUUUACCGUCGUGGAUUGUCAAAAAACUCGUUACAUCUUUGGUCGAAGCGAGACUUAAUCACAAAACCCUUGGCAUCAAAUCAAAAUACAGUCCUACCGACACGAGAUCCACGUUUACCAUAAACGACGAACUGACUUUAAAGACUUACUCGGGCCAAGUAAAGAUUCGACCCGAAGUUAAAAGCUUCGGCGAGGAUCACGUGACAUUCGUUGACGGAAGAGUGGAAACAGUUGAUGCGGUUGUCAUAGCGACUGGGUUUACACCGAAACUUGAAUUCCUGUCCGAAGAUAUUCUUUCAAACAACCCAGAAGACAUGCGACUUCAUAAAUGGAUAUUCCCCUUCAAUCUUGAGCAUCCUUCUACAUUAACUUUCGUGGGCUCUUGCCUGCCAUCGGGCGGUGGUGCUUCUAAUGUCAUAGUGGAGUUACAGGCACGCUACGUCACCCAAGUACUUAGUGGAAAACAUAAGCUUCCAUCUGUUGAAGACAUGAGGGAAGAAUGGACGACACGUAGGGAGGCGAUGUUCAAACAGCUUGGGUGUUUCCGAUUCAGAGUUCCUUUGUUCAAAUACCAGGAAGAAAUAGCAAAUGAGAUCGGGGUGUUGCCAUCAUUCCUCCGCCUUCUUUUCACCGAUCCUCGGCUGGCGUUUAAUUUUUACUUUGGUCCUUUGCUACCAUAUCAUUAUAGACUAGUAGGCAAGAAUUCUAAACCAGAAUGCCGACAGUAUGCACUAGAAGCAAUGCAGAAGACAUGGGCGUUUUUUCAUUUAUAAUAAUACCUUUACAGUCACAGAAAAUAUAAGUGUUUUAUCCGCCGUACGGUGAUCACCACGCCUGAUGCCUCGGACUCAUAAGUCACGGUUAAGUCUCGUCGUCGAUGCCAUUGUGGACGCAUGUGUUCUUAGAUAAUAGCCUACACUAAACUAAAACUGUUUCAGCCGGGUGGUCCUUUGUGUUACAUUUAUACAGUAUGUAGAGGUCUGUUUGAAGAGUUUCAUUUGCUUGCAACUAAAGAAUCUGUGCUAGCAAGACACUUAACGGCAGUUGUUCCAACCCAGUGGCCCCUUAUUCCACAUUCGUACGUGUGAGUUCGCAUAUUUGCUUUGCAUACAAAUAAAACUUUUUUCGUAAGCAGAUAAAAAUCGACUUAUGAAAGCAUUCUGACAAACACCUUCAUCCUUAUAGAAUGACUUUUCUGCUGAAAAAAUGCCGACGCGGCGGCUGAUCGUACUUUGACAAUGUAUUAAAAUAAACGAGAAAUAAUACUGUUCAAAUCUGCGAACAUGAGCCGGGGCGACAACGGCUAAAAAAGCAACAAAUAUUUCGGACUUAAAAAUGUCAGCGAGCGGAUAAAAGAAUAUUUCGCGAUUUCUGUACAAUAGGAAUGUCUGUUUGAUCCGCGGCAAUAAAAAUACGAAAAUAAUGAACAUAGUUCGGAUUAAAUAACAAAUCGACAUCGUUCGAUAUGACUGGAUGCCGA